AUGUUAAGACCAUUGUGCUACUCAAGCAACAGGAAGGUGAUGCUGAAACACCACGUGCUGUUCCUAUUGGCCGCUGUGCUGUGGGGCCUGUGUGGCUGCGUGACGGCUGUGCCCGCACCGCUGCAGGGGAAGCCGAUGGCCGCUGGUGUCAUUCACGCUGCUGCAGCCGCGGUGGGGUCAGAGGGGAAGCCGGUGUCGGUCGAUGCCGUGAUGCGUGCAGGGGUUGAUGCUAUUCUUGCGGUGUCAGAGGCGAAGAGGUACGCGGACGCAGCGAGGAAAGAGGCAGAGAGCGCCAACAUCGAGGCGGUAGCUGCCGAAGCCGCAGCAGAGACAGCCGAUGCGGCAGCGAGGGGUACUAAUACUGUCAUGAGGCAACUCGACAGAUUGGCGAAGAAGUCUAAGGAUGAAGCUGCGAGAGCCACAUUUCGGGAACAAGCCACUGCAGCUGCAGACAAAGCCAGGGAGACGAUGGAGCUGUCCAACACGGCAAAGGAGGCGCUCUUGAGAGCAGCACGCAAGGCGAUAGAUGCAGAGAAGGCGGCCAGGAGCGCAAAUACGAAGGCCCAGGAGGCCCUGGAGGCUGCAAGGAGUGCGACGGCCCUCGCGGACGAGGCGUCGGGUGAUUCGGCUACUGAGAUGGAGCGGGUGUUUGAGAAGGCCGCGAAGGGCACAAGUCAGGCAAUGCCAAAGGCACAGACGGCAGCGGCGAUAUUUGGACUGGUUUCGACGGAAGCUAAGCAAGCAUCGAUUGGCUUCACAACGGCAAGCAAAAACGCAUUGCGGGCAGGGGACAGCGCCAAAGCCGCGAUGGAUCACCUGAUCAAAGUUCUGGAAGGGGAGCUCCAUGCGGGCGCUACCGGCACGACCGUGCCGCAAGUGGCCGAGGCAGUAUCGGCAGCUCAGAAGGCGGCUGACGGCGCAAAUGAUGCGGUGAAUGCUGCUACGACCGCGGCUGAGGAGGCAGCUGCAGCAUCGAGUUAUACCGGCGACGCCGUGACGCAUACUGUGCAAAUAUCGGAGGUUGUGGGUAGUGCGGUUCAGGCUGUUGAGAGGACGGCGGCGACAGCCGCGGGAAAUAAGUCGGACCGCAUGAUCACACUGGAUGCGAUGGACGAUGUGCCGCUUGCACAGUCCCCGGAAAGGCGUGGACUUCUGACUGACACUGAUACCCGCGGCACACAAUCUCCUGUCUCCCAAGGCCCGGCGGUAGAGGGAAGGCUUGAGGGGCCCGCGGGCUCCGCUAAACGGCGGUCUACUGAUCGCACAGUGGCAGACGGCAUGGCUGGACUCAGUACUGCUGCUGAACGUUCCCAUGACAAGAAGGGCUCCCAGCCAGAAGCCGGGGAAUCCACCCCAAGUUAUGGUGAAGACGGCGAUGCCGCUAUGGGGCGCUCCACAGAUGGUUCGGAUGGCGAGCUGGGUGCAUACACCGCUCGGGCGGGUACUCGUGAUGUUCGCUCCGGUCCUCUGUUCACGCCCACGAGCCAUGUGCACAGCCGGUUGCCCGACGGUGUGAGUGCGGACGCCACAGACAGCUCUGUGUGGAUGCGUGUGUCACUGCUGUUGGUGGUGCCGGCUUGCCUGAUGGCGCUCUGA